CCCGCUGCGCCGCCUCCAGCAUGCCCAAGCCCUCGGCGGGCGACAGCUCCUACGCCGACACGGGCACGUCGGCAUCGGCGUCGGCCGCCGCCUCGUCGCCGCCCGACGACCACAUCGUCGAGUCGCACUCCUUCCGCGGCUACCGCUUCGCCAGCGGCGCCUGGGUGCACAAGCGCGACGCUCCGCACGCCGCCGUCGCCCUGUGGCACGCCGGGCGCGAGCAGCGCGAGCGCCGCAAGCGCGAGCGCCGCGAGCGCAUCGAGCGCGAAGAGGCACGCGCCAAGAAGCGCGCCCGCAGCAGCGCUGCAGACUCGGGCGCCGGCAGCCAGGAGCCGGCGCAGCGCAAGCAUGCGCGCCGUGCCAGCCCCGAGCCGUCGGCCUCGACGUCGCAGAUGUCGUCGCAGCGCUACUCGUGCGGGCAGGAUCCCAUCGUCGUCAUCCCGCCGCGCCCACACGCCAAGCAGCGCAACGUCGGCAUGCCGCUCUCCAGGCAGAACCUGCCCGACUCGUCGCACUCCGGCUCGUCACGCUCUCGCUCGUCUGACUCACAGACGGGCUACUACUUCGCCAGCAGCCGCGAGGGCAGUCGUGAGCCCUCGUCAGAGCAGGAAGCAGAGCAGCAGGCGUCGCAGCCGGGCCCAUCCACUGGCCCGAACGAGGCCGCGGAGCAGUCGUCGCCGGCUGCCGCGCAGCAUCCGAUGUGGAACAACGUCACACAGUCGGUCGAGUCUCCCUCGCAGAGCCAAGUCGCGCAGCCGGCGCCGCCUCGGCACAACGGACAUGCGCCGCUGCGGCGCAUCGGCGCCGAGACGUUCGUCGCGCACCUGGCGGGCCAGGAGGAGCGACAGCGCGCGCCGCCGCCGCAGCAUGCACCGGGCUCUUCUGCGCGCCAGGCAUCGCCGGCUUCGUCGCCAGUGGAGCACUUCUCCUCGCCUCCGCAGAGCCCGAUCAGACAGGUGCGCGCUCCUGCUCCUCCGGCACGCCUCUCGCGAAGCAUCGUUCCGCCGCCGAGUGAGGAGGCACGAAGAAGGGCCGCGCUCACCACACCGGUUUUCGAUCCGAACCUCGACGACGAUCUGCUGCGCGCACAAGUGGAUGCCGCGCGGCUGGUCACGAUGAACCGACAGGAGGCGCGCAGGCAGAGGCAAGAGGCAGAGCUAAUGCAGGCUGAGCUGCGCGAGCUGGCCGCGGAAGCUGCAGGCGCUGGAGACGAGGACGAAGACGAGGACGAGCUGGCGGCGUUGCAGCGCGAGGCCGCAGAGGCCGAGUUGGCAGCGUCCGCGCCAGGACCGUCGCGCUCUGCGCGCGCAUCAAGGGCGGAGCCUCCAAGCUCCUUCCCGCCGCCCUCUGCGCCUUUGCCAAGGCAGCCUCCGCGUACUUCGACGCCUGCCCGGCCUGCGUCACGCCUCGCGUCGAGUGAAUCGCCGCCCUCGAUUCCGCCCACGCUCUCCGCGCCCGCGCCGCUGCAACCCGAAGAGAUCGAGGCCGACCCCUUCGCCGCUGCGUCCGUGUCGCGCAUCUGCGCGCUGGUCACGGAGUCGCCCUACAUUCCGCCAUUCCUCAAGGGCGAAGUCUCGCGCUUCGUCCUGCGCCAGGGCGCCGUGCUGCGUGCCGCUGCUGCGGGUCUGUCGAGCGAAUCGCAGGAGGACGAGUCGGAGACGCAGGAGGACGGCUUCGUGCGGACCAAGGCCGAGUGGUUUCUGGAGCUGCAGCGCGGCAGCGAGGAGGCGCCGUACUUCAUCCUCGCGCUCUUCAUUGAGGAAGGCACGUACGGCGUGCAGCUGCUUGACGAGGAGCGCGUCAAGGCCGUCUAUGCCGACCCAAGCUACGAUCCGUGGCUCGACCGCAACGGCCGGCCUUUCGUCAUUCGCGGACUGCCCGGCCCUGUCGCGUGCGCAAGCAUGAGCAGCUUCACCAACAGCGACGAGAGUGCAGCUCUGCGCGCCGAGCGCGACACGCUUGCUGCGCAACUCGAGCGCGAACAGAGCGCCGUCGCAGCGCUCAAGACGCAGCUUGACAAAGCUAGCUCAGGGCGCGCAGAGGCGGAGAAGCAGGAGAAGUUUGUGCGCGAGCUGCUCGACAAUGCCUCGGAGGCCGCGAAGCGAAGCACGGCGGAGGCGCGCGAGGCGGAGAAGCGCGUCAAGGAGCUGCAGGAGCAAAACGCACAGCUGCGGUCGACGCUGAACGAAGGCCUGCAGAACUUCCAUACCGCGACAGCGGCACAGCGACAGCAAGUCGAAGCACGCUGCAAGAAGCUCGAGGCGCAGGUCGCUAUGCUGACGGAGCUGGCACGCUUCACCGAUGGCCCAGUACGCGAGCGGGCGGCGCUGUGGGAGGUGCACGUGGAGCGAGAGCGACAGAAACAGGAGGAGGUGGCACGCAAGCAGGCGAUCAUGAGGGCGGAGAGGGAAGAGCACAGGAAGCGACUGAUGCUGCUCGGCCAGCAAGCUAGAGCGCCGGUCGCCGAGCAAGCAUCUGCGGUGCGCCCGCUCUCGGCUGAGCGCCACGUCGUCUCGCCUCCGCUCUCACCGGUGCUGCCUUUGGAUGAUGACUCGGAGUCGGAGGAUGAGCUGGCAGCUCUGGCUGCCGAGGCGGCGCAGGCUGAAGCCGCGGAAAAGGCUGCCGAGCCGGCGCGAGAGCCAACAGCAUCGCCGACGCAGUCCCAGCAGCGCCAUGCCGCAAGACUCGAGGAGAUCGAAGCCGAGGCCGAGGUCGAGGAGCAAGUCGCUCCUGCUGCUCCGCCGAUCCAAAUCGAGCCGAUGCAAGAAGACAAUCCGCCCAGGGAGGCCUCCACCCAUUUCCUUCCGACGACACAGGCGCCUCCACAGUCAUCUGCCACAUCGUCCUACUCGAUCGACAUGCCUACGCAGUCCGGCCGGCCGCUCUUCCGCACCACGCCAUCCCCGCCUCGUGCGUUCCGCGGCGAGUCGCGCUUCGCCUCCGAGGCGCGCGAGAUUCUCACGCAGGAACUGGCGGCCAGUGCCGUCGAGGUUGCGCGUGCUGCUGCAUCUGCUCGUGCGAGCCACGCACAUCUGCCGGCAGACGUCGCGCCCGGCGCGAAUGCGGCCGUGCGAGAGGCACAAGAGGAGAUGGAGUAUGCGCUCAGCGGUGCCGCGCGCGCCACGCCGCCGGGUGCCGUCUCUCUCGACAGUGCAGCAGCUGCAAACGGACAGCUGGGAGGCGCACAGGACGCACGCGCGUCGAGUGCCGAGGAGGGCGAGCUCUCGGACACGGGGAUGGAAGACGACGAAGCACGCAUGGCGCGCAUGCUGCUGGCUGCUUCGCCGAUCGAAGAGGAUGUCUCGCGUGCGGGGCGCGAUGGCGUUGAUCCCCGCUUCCGCGCCGAUGCCUUUGCUCGGUAUCCCUACUAGUCUGCCUGCUCUCGAGCAGCCGCGCUCUCCUCGCUGUUCUCUGCGUCACGCUCUGCAUCUGCAAUACCCACGAGUCACUCU